GCUGGCAUAACUGCUGGGGCGCGUCUCGUUGAACUCCGGAGGCGUAUAAAGGCUUACAACAAACCCGCCGGCUCAUCGGCCUUCGCAACCCUCGAAAUCCUCGACUAGCUCCGGUGGCUUAUCAUCCCCAACAAGCCUUUUCCCUCGCACCCGACAAGACUCUCUCACCACCACUCACGACUGUCAAAAUGUCCUUCGCCGCCAUGGAUGCGUUCGAGCGGGUCGUUCACGGCAACAAGUCCUAUGCCCGCCGCUCUGCCGAGAGCGAGCCCCAGCUGUGGCAGGCUCUGGCCAAGGGUCAGCAGCCCGAGAUCCUCUGGUUUGGCUGUGGUGACAGCCGCGUCCCCGAGACGACCAUUUGCGACUGCAAGCCCGGUGACAUUUUUGUGCACCGCAACAUUGCCAACAUCAUCCCUGCCAACGACCUGAACUCGGGCUCCAUCAUCGAUUACGCUGUGGGCGCCGUGGGCGUCAAGCGCAUCGUCAUCUGCGGCCAUACCCGCUGCGGCGGUGCCUACAGCUCCCUGGACGACAAGGACCUGGGCCCGACCCUUAACCAGUGGCUGCAACCCCUGCGCGACCUGCGGAGGAAGCACCAAGCCGAGCUUGAUCGCCUCGACAGUGACGAUCAGAGGGCGAUCCGUCUCGCCGAGCUCAACGUCCGCCAAGGCCUUGAGGUCCUCAAGAACAACCCCACCAUCCAGCGCGCCAUGGCCGAGCGCGGCGUUACCGUCCACGGCGUCAUCUUCGACCUCACCACUUGCGAGCUGAGGGUUCUUGAGGAGGAGCAAGCCGCCCCUGCCAUCUGGCACCACAGGUAGACGAGGGCACACUGGAGUUUGGGUAUGAUUUGGGUGGGCUUCAACGCUUAGAUUGGUGUUAUUUUAGAGGUACUGCUGUUUGUUUUGGAUACCAGUGACGGCCAUGCUAUGGACACAGAGAAUCAGAGAGAGAUAAGUCACCAUACAGUUUACAUUUUCUUUUUAGCAAUUGAGAUCAGCACUCAGCGCCUUGUCCCUGUCCUAGUCGUGAACUAGUCCGCAAAUCUUUUUAUUGGCACGUCACAGGCCUGUUGCCUGCCUACGAAUCAAUAAUGGGAACGCUCUAGUUUAGCACUGUCCAGCUCAUCGUACAAGGAAACUCUUCUCAGCCCAUAUCGCGCC